AUGCACGCCCUGUUUCGGUUGACGAGAUCUCGGCGACUUUGGAUGAUGGAAUCCUCAUCGUCACUUUGCCGGCCCGACGACUCUGACUCGAAGGAGAUUCCUGUCGAAAAUUUCAAUGCAGUUGAUUGGCAGUCCAUGGUUGAGAUCGAGGACAUUGAUAUGCCGGGGCUGGUUCCCUCCUCUUACAGUUUAGGCGAUGAAGGGGAUUGGAAGGUGGAUCACCAGGAGGAGGGUGACUGGAAGAAGGGUAAUUGUGAAGAUGCUUAUGACGAGGACCUAUACAACGAGGAGGCUUGCAAUGAGAUAAACAACGAGUAUUACGAGACGGAUGAGUUUGUCAAAAUCCCUGCGUCGUGA